AUGCUCGAUGGAAAAGAAAAUGACGACUCAUCAAAAGCGUCGAUGAAAAAUAAAAAUAUAAAGAUAAUAAAAGUACCAAAAUUUGUUUCAAAUAAAUGGCUACAAUACAAUAAUAAAGAUAUUGUUGGUUUAUUUGAGCAAAACAACAACGAAAUUUCUACCUUAUAUGUUCAGAAAGAUAAUAGUGAUAAAGUAAAAAAAUUAACAUGUAAUAAAAAUAAUACUGUAAAUACAUAUAUUUUAAAACAAAAUAAAAUAUCAUUAAAGCCUACUAAGGGUUUUAAUUGUAGUACUGGCAACAGCAGCAUCACAACACCUACGAAUUCGAAUAAUAAAACUAGCGAAAAUGCAAAUCAAAGUAAAGUUAAAAUCAAUAUUACGAAUCCUGUAAAAGAUAACACGGAACGGAAUAAAGAAAUUGAUUAUGUAAUAUGUGCAGACGUAAUAAAGAACUGUGAACACACAUAUUCAUUUCUACCAACUUUAGAUGAAGAUUAUUCCUUGGUACUAAAAGAGAGACAUUAUAAAACCAAUGUAAAAAAAAAUAGAUUCACAAUUAUCGAAACAAGGAAUGAAGAAAAUAUAGAUUCCUCCCACACUUUGUUUAAAUAUUACACUUCUGAUGAUAAUGUUCAUAAUGCUACCGGCACAGUCAGUGCUUCUAAUGAUGCUAGUGUGAAUAGCAUUAGUGUCUUGAACAACAGCAAGGAUAACAAAUUGGGAAAGAGUAAUAAACGAACUCUUCAGGACAGUGAUAACCAUUUUUCUUCCCCCUCUGCAUCUAAACAAAAAGCAAAACAGAUUAAGAAAAUGCACGUUUUUGAUCUCGAUAAAGCUAAAAUUAGUAUGUUCAAAAUAUUUGAAAAGGAAGGAAAAAAGGGAGUUCCUUUUUCCAUUUUUGCUAAAAGUUUUAAUAUCCCAUCCAAUUACAUAAAAAAUGUAUUAGAAGAAAUAGCAGUAAAAAGAAAAAGAGUAACCGAUAAAAAGCCGGUGUACUUUCUAAAGGACUGCAUCAAUUAA